CAGAGAAAGGAAUCACGUUUCUAAGAUAUCAAAAGACAGCUGGUUCGAACACCUUUUGAUGACAAUAUCUAAUUGAUAUACAGAGCUGUUUGUGGAAUGGAAGAUGACAUUUAAAUGAACAGGGUGAUGCAAUAUUCUCAACAUGAACUUAUCACUUUGUGGAUGUGGUUUCCUUGGGAUUUACCAUCUGGGCGUGGCAGUCUGUCUUCGAGACCACGCCCCCACUCUCCUGAAAAGCCUGAAGCGAGUGUGUGGAGCAUCAGCAGGGUCAUUGAUUGGUUGUGUGUUAGUGGCAGAUCCAACCAAGAUUGAGGCCUGCAUUGAUUUUACUUUGAAGUUAGCUGAUGACAUUCGUAAGAAACCACUGGGAGCUCUGACACCAGGUUUUAACCUUCUGGUACCAUUGCGUGGAUUCCUAGAAGAGCAUCUUCCUCCAAAUGCUCAUGAACUUUGUUCUGACGCUCUCUAUAUUUCCAUUACAAAUGUCCAGACAAAAAAGAAUGAGAUUGCUGCUCAGUAUUCUUCAAGAGAAGAACUUAUACAGCACCUGAUGGCCAGCUGUCACAUUCCUUUUUACGCUGCACUAAGAAGUCCAGUUAUAUCAGGCAAGAAAUACAUGGAUGGGGGUAUGACAAACAACUUGGUUAUAUUUGAGGAUGGCAGAACACUGACAGUGUCACCCUUCUGUGGGCCUCAAGACAUCUGCCCCCGUGACAAGCCAGGCAAGGGAUGGUAUUUUAAUUUUGCAGAACAACAUUUCCAAAUGAAUAGGAGAAAUAUGGUGAGAGGUAUCCAUGCUUUGUUUCCCCCUUCACAGAAAAAUUUGAAAAUUUAUUUCAACCAGGGUAUAAGAGAUGCUGAAAAAUUCCUUAAGAAGGAGGGGCUGUAUGUAUCUUGAU